AAGAAUAGGAAUGCCCCUGAUGCCCCAGGGCCUCCUGAGGUGCUCUCCCUGCUGAGGAGCAUAUGCAAUUUGUGGUGUCUGCUUCUCACUGUCUGCCCAUUGCAUAACCCUUCUUCGUGCCUAGCCUUUGUCCCAAACGUGCUGUCCCUGCUGCUCUCCGAAAUGGCAGCAAGGGUGAGAAGCAAACCGUUCCUACCCUCCCACCCUCCUUUUUGCCUCAGAGAAGCUGUUUAAACAUCUCAUGAGAGAUGGGUAGCAGUGGUACCCCGAUGAGCGGGUGCUCUGCGGCUGGUGUUGCCCAACAGACAAGCAGUGAUAGCAGCACUGUGCCCUUUGGGUUAGGGGCUCCUGAUUCUUGGAAUGCCACACUGCUGUCUCAGCAAACCUUUGUUGCUGCUUCUCCUGUUUCCCGUCUCACAAUUCCAGGUGGACCAGCUCACUGCCUCCCUGGCUGCACAGAGCUGACCUGGGGAGCGGGCUGGGAGAGGCUGGGCAGGCAGCACAGAUGGCAGGGAGCAGGGCUGCCCUGUUGGGAAAGCUCUCAAGUGCUUGGGAUGUUGUCGGGGUGAGCGUGGUCCAACUGGAGGAGCUCAGCUUGAUGAGAGGAGAAGGGAGGUCGAAAGGGGGAGUGUUUAAAAACGUCUGCUCUGCGGAAAUUAGGAGCGAGCUUACAUUGGAAAAUUUGCGUGGCCCUCUGAGGAGUUACUGUACUAAAUUUGGAAAGCAGAAUUGGUCUUCAAAGUAUGAAACAAGGGGAUUUCAGUCUUGCUUUAAAUGCAAACCUCAGCGCAGUCUGAACUGUGGACUCACUGCUGACGCCUCCAUAGUACAUAUUAAUCCAGUUUUAUCUGUCAUGAGGAGAUGUGUUGAUUAGAGCCUCUAGGUAAAGGCUGCUCAUGGGCUAUGGUUGCUCCUUCCAGGCCGUGGGCUGGAAAAAUUAGCUCCAUGCCUUGCCUGGAGCGCUUGGGCUGUGUGUAAUUUCGCUGCCACCUUCGUCUCAGAAUUCAAUUUGGUUUUCCACACAAAGCCCGUUUAUGUAGAUGUAUGUAGAUUCGAUGCAGAGAUGGAUGUCUUUCAGAGAAAAUGGGUAUUCCCGUAGCAGUUAUAUAAACAAAUUGAUUUGUGGUAUUGAUAAGAAAAAGACAACAUCAUUUGAAGCAGGAGGGUAGGAACGGUUUGCUGAAGUGCUGCUGAUCUGUGGGCCGUUAGUGUUGUCCUGUCAAAGUCUGCAUGGAAUUGGAGGGUUUUUCUAAGAACUUCCGAGAAGUAAUGACAGCUUUUAGAAUACAGGAUUAUGUGCUGCUUCAAGAAUUUCCUUAAGCAGUGUGCCUCGUUUCCUUAUUGCUGCUCCCAUCUUGGAGUGUAGACAGUACUGAACUGUUGUUCUGCAAUGAAUGAUUUUAUACAGUUCAGCUCUAUGUCUAAAAACACGCAGCUCUUUGGCAUUCCAGUUGCACCUUGAGUUUCCAAGCACACAGCCUGGUAGGUGUAGGUCUCAGCAGCAGGCCCUUGGGGUGACUGCUUACAUCCAACAGCUACUGCUGUCAGUUCUGCUCUGCAGAACUUUAAAGGACAAGAUGUGCAGCUCUUUUAUUUUUCAGGCCUUUAUUUUCUUCCUGGGGAGAUAGUUGGUAUGUAUCCUAUCACUGCCACACGCAUCUUUGUGAACUUUGUUGGCCGACUAAUUUUGAUUUUUGUUAGUAGAUACGUAAAGAUAUAUUCAUUCCUCUGCCAGUCCUGUGCUGAGGGUAUAUUUUUUUUGCGUUUCAUUAAACUGGCUUCCCCCCGUUGUGUUCUCCAGCUGCAGAUUUUGGGGUGCUACUAUGUUUUCUAUUGAAGCAUGAUGUGAUAGCAGAGGCACAGUAAUGCUAGCAGACCAGUUGUGUGUUUUAGUUCUGUUACCUUCAGAACCAACUGCAAAUUGCAUGCGUUAGGUCUUAUCGAUUGGUGGUUUAGCUUAAUACACUAAUACUGGAAAUUAUCUGCUUGUAGUUGUGAAAGCCGCUGUGUAAGUGUGAGAUCUUAGAGUUCUCUGAAGGGUUUCUUAUUUGUGGGAUUAUUGUGGAUAACGUGGGUUUUACAGUAACACCGUUCUCCCAAGCUGAAACCUGUACAAAUGGCUUUCCUGCAGCAACAAGGACAGGCGACUGCUGCUGUUUGUCUCUUGGGAGCUUUUGGAGUGCAAUUGCUGUAUAGCCGAGUGCUAUUUCAUCUCGUAGCUAUCGAUGAUCCACUGCUGUUAGCAAAUGAAACAGGUUCUGUCAUCCGUGAUGGCGUCAGCGCUACCCAGAACCCUUGGGGAACUGCAGCUGUAUCGAAUACUACAAAAAGCAAAUCUCUUGUUCUACUUCGAUGCCUUCAUUCAGCAGGGUGGUGAUGACGUCCAGCAGCUCUGUGAAGCCGGUGAAGAGGAGUUUUUGGAGAUAAUGGCUCUGGUAGGCAUGGCGAGCAAGCCGCUUCACGUGCGACGGUUGCAGAAGGCCCUGAGGGACUGGGUGACAAACCCUGGUCUUUUUAACCAGCCUCUCACUUCCUUACCAGUCAGCAGCAUUCCGAUCUAUAAACUGCCAGAAGGGUCUCCUGCGUGGCUGGGGAUAUCCUGCAGUAGUUACGAACGGAACAGCGCUGCCAGAGAGCCUCACUUGAAGAUUCCAAAAUGCGCUGCCACAACUUGCGUGCAGAGCGUGGGUGCGAGCAAAUCUGAUGUGGUGGGGAGCUUAUCACUACAGAGCAGCAGCGAGCCGAGGCUCUGGCAAGGACACCACACGACAGAGAGCGAGCAUAGCCUUUCCCCGGCUGACCUCGGCUCUCCCGCUUCACCAAAGGAGAACAGCGAGACGCUGGAUGCCGCUGCUGCUCUGUCAGUUGCUGAAUGCGUAGAACGUAUGGUUCCCUCCUUGCCCAAAAGUGACUUGAAUGAAGUCAAGGAGUUACUGAAAACAAAUAAGAAACUGGCAAAGAUGAUUGGUCACAUCUUUGAGAUGAGCGAUGAGGACCCUCACAAAGAGGAGGAAAUCAGGAAGUACAGUGCAAUAUAUGGCAGAUUUGACUCAAAAAGAAAGGAUGGCAAGCAUCUUACUCUCCACGAGCUAACAGUUAACGAAGCAGCUGCUCAGCUGUGUGUGAAAGAUAACGCGCUGCUGACCAGGAGAGAUGAACUCUUCGCGCUAGCUCGGCAAAUCUCUCGAGAAGUUACGUACAAGUAUACUUACAGGACCACCAAAUCUAAAUGUGGAGAAAGGGAUGAACUGUCACCAAAGAGAAUCAAAAUAGAGGAUGGUUAUCCUGACUUCCAGGACGCAGUCCAAACGCUCUAUCAGCCAGACAAAAUGCCGCUUGCUUUGGCUAAGGGAAAGAGUGAGGAUUCGGCAGCUCUGAAUUCCCAGUCUGAAAAGGUGAUGGCAAAACAGAUGGAGUUUCUUUGCAACCAGGCUGGAUUAGAGAGACGUCUUUCCACAGGGUGUUACAGGCAAAACUCAGAAGAGCACAGCCCCAAUGGCAUGUCAUUAGAUAAUGUUGAUGGACAAGGUGAAAGGCCGCUGAAUCUCCGGAUGUCAAAUCUUCCCAGUAGACAGUUGCAGCACAUUUCACUUGAUGGAGAGCAGCAUGUUGGAAAACCUCUGUGCAGUGAAUUGAUCCGGCUUUACCCUGGUGGUGAGGCUAAGUCCCAGUCCUCAGAAGGCCUUGGUAUCUUAAAGGAUUUUCCUCACUCAGCUUUUAACAACAUUGAAAGGAAGGUCAUCAAAACAGAACCUGAGGACACAAGAUAGUCAUCCUGUUCUGGAAACCAGUGUCAUUAUAAGGAGUGAAACUUCACGAGAGAAGGAAAAACAGCCUUAAUAACCAGUGUUGCCUCAUUCAAAUAAGAGAUUUCAAUAGCCAAAGCAUAAGAACUGGUCCAGUAAUCUGUGGAAACAGAAAAGCAAAAGACACUGCAAACUAAACAGUAAUACAGGUGGAUAAACAUUCCUGUUAAAGUUGGUUUUAUAACGUGGAAAGAUUCACAAAUUAAUAUUGUGGGUCUACAUUAUUUAAGAAUGUAUUAUGUAUUUGUAUAACUUAUCAAAGUAAAUCUAGAUGUUGGGACAUGUAUAGAGUCUAGUAGAUGUGGCUACAGUUCAUUUUACUUGAAAUUUCAGUGUCUACUUUAAGUGUACCUAGCAUAGACCUGGUUGUUAAACAUUAGAAUUACAAAUCCUUGAAGAAGUAGGAGCGUGAACAUCGUGGCACAGUAAACAGCAAGUUUGCAACAGUGUUUGUAGGAGAAAAGGAAGAUGGAAAAUGUAUCUUCUGGUUUAAAAUGUUAUGUGGGUAUAGCGUUCGGUAGACCUAGAGCCCGGUUCUGUAUCAUAGCAGAUGUUCUUGACACUUACUAUUGUUACAUCACUUUUAAUGGUUUCAGCAGCCUUUGUAUAGUGCAUUUACAGUAGACUACCUAUCUACAGUUCAGGAGUGUAGAACAUGCCAAUUAAAAUAUGGAAGAGUCCAUAUUAGAGGUUCCCAAUUUGAUGUGAAAAAUGUAACCGUUGGAUAUACCUUCAGUUUAUCAGUCAGUUUCAGUACAAUUGCUGAAGUUGCUCCUGAUAUGCAGAAACAGUAAGAUCUUUUGGAGGAGAGAGACGAGGGACGACGUCUUCAGAAUGUGACUCCUUAUCAAGUGUUGUCCAGCCCACGUGAUUCUAUGAAUACACCGUAUACUGCAUACAGUAUGCCAAUACGUUUCUUUAUGUAUGUGUUGAAGUAACAUCCGUAUUCUUUAUUUAUUUGACAGUUUUUAUUUUUUUUUUGUACGUUUUCACUUUUGCAGAUGUCAUUUUAUCUAAGGACAAAUAAUGGGCUUAAAACGUUGGAGUUUCCCAUGCUGCGUUUGUGUGCAUCCAUCUUUCCUCUGUGCACCUCCCGCGUUAAGGAUUGCUUUCCUGCAGUCAGAAUAGUUACAUGCCUUAGUUUCUGAAUGCAGUUUUUUUCCUACAGCGUUUUCUGGAGGAGUGAAGGAGGGUUAAAGGACAUAAGUUACCGUGCAAUGGGUAGAUUUCCACGUUCAGGUGUGUAUUUCAUGUCUGCAGUUGGCUCUGUGUCGUAGCUGUGUAUUAAUUCAGUCACAGUCCAUCGUGCUCAAGUGCUCAGCGAAAUGUGAGCUGAAAUGUCUACACUGCAGUCUCUUAUCACUGUAAACAUACCUAAUUAUUUUAUCACUUUUGACUUGUGGAACAAAGCUUUAUAGUAGAAACACCGGUAAACAACUUUUUAUACUAUUAAAAUGGGGUUUUUUUUAAUUGUUUCUUGAACUGUAUGGUACUGUUUCACUUCCUGAAGUAUCUUACUUCAAGUGAUGGAGUUUGCAGCUUUGCUGUUAGAAAUAAGAGAUUGAAUGUGUAGUUAUAUUUCCUCUUUCCUGUUGUGUGAGCUAGUAGUAUGGAUAAUUCUUUGGCUUGUAACGUUAGCCAGUGCACUGGUUAGUAGCUGAGUAGUUUUCAUAAGAAUAUAUGGAACUUGCUAAAGGACAGCUUAAGGUUUGAACUAUACAGCUUGAGUAAUAGAGCAGCAAGCCUUGAGACAUUCAGGAAAUGCUCUUUUUGUCACCAUCUCAACUGUUGUGCGUGGAUCACAGAAGAAGCUCUUAAGCCUGCUGGUCUUUUCAGUUGGAGUGAGAGGAAGGAGGAAGAACAGCAGCACGCUGUUUCAGUUGAGUCCAGAACUUAUUUUGUAAACACUAAUGUAUUAAAUUUGCUAUAAAUUAAAGAACAUAACAGUUAUAUUUUCGAGUUGUAAAUACAGUACUCUGUGUCACCACCCCUUGGUUAUCUCUAGAACGAUAUUUCAGUUUAGAAGUCCAACAGGCCAUUUCAGUCUCAGCAAGCUGGAAGCAAUUUUUUUACUGGUUUGCAGCUCUACCUUUUUUGUUUUGUUUUUUUUUAAACCCUGAGAGUGGAGAUGGGGAGGAGGGUGGGGGGGUUUAAUACAUUCCACAAUUGCACAUAAGUUUGGUAAUAGCAGAUAUUCAAGCGUUGGUCUUUCCAUGACAAGGGUCUUGGUGGACUGCAACUUGGCUGUUCAGUGGAGUCGGGGAAGGUUCACCCGCAUCUGCUCUGGGCAGGUUGCUGGAUUCAGGGUACUCUGGAUCAGAGGCCAGCCCUGCAAAUGAUGCCUGUUCUUAUUCACAUGUUUAUAUUGUUGCUACAAAAUAAAAUUCACCGUGAGAACUC